ACUUUAUGUUAAAUCUCUACAACAAAAUAAAGAAAUAAUCAAAUAAAAACUACAUAGCCGAAAUAAUUAAUAAAGUAAUAGUAAUUUUGCACAAAAUGACCUCAGAUACACUUACAAUAGCGCGACGAAAACUCAACGAAAUUCUAGGGGAUAAAUCAACAAAAUAUUACAAUCAUAUGAAACAAUGGUUUCGAAUGAAACUUACAAAGGAGGAGUUCGAUAUGGAAGCUCGUACUAUGUUGACAUCAGAACAAAUACAUUUUCAUAAUGAUUUCUUGUUGGCUCUACUCAAUAAAGUCGAGGGUCUAGCUGAAACAUCGAUAACCAUUGCCCAAGAGAAAGCUAUCUCACAUAAUAGAAACAGCAGACGCCAUAAGAGAACCUCGCGAACUUCCGAAAAGUCAAACUUUGAACCAGCUGACUUACUGGAAUAUCUUCCACCGAAUUCCCCUCCAGGCGCGGGUAGUGAUGGUGUUAAGUAUGCAGCCCAGGAGAUAUUCCUGCCAGACCAUGCACUUGUAGUUGGCCGGUUCAUGCUCGCAGCCUGGGAACUCGGCCUUGAAGGUGCAGAUGAUGAAGCAGCAGAUUUAAUAGUAACUGCAGUACAGAACUUCCUCAAAAACGUCAUAAGCGCUGUGGUAUCUCAACGGAAAGGUUAUAAAUUACGGAAUAAACACUUUAUGUAUGAUGUUGGUGGGGACAUGCCCAAUAUGUGGUUAAGGGGUACCAACAAGUUGUAUGAUCCUCAGAGUGAAGGCAGGGUGAUUGUGGACGAUGGUGUGGAUGCUUUGGGACCUAGAUGCCCCCCUACAAUUGAUGAAGUUGAACACUCUGCGGCAUAUGAAAUUGCAUGCAGUUCAACAGAUGCAGAAGCGAAUGACGAAAAAUUAACAAUAGAUGAAUUUUACAACACAUUAUUGGUCCAUAAGAAUGUGAUAGCUUGUCAUUCUGUGUAUGCAGUCAAUAUGGAACGAUUAGCUAUAAUGCUUAAUCAUCCUAGUUAUUAGUAGUUAUUAGUCAUUAGUAUUUGUUGGUAUUGUAAGUAAACACUAAGAAAUGUGUAUGUCAUUGGUAGAUCCCAUAUUUAUGUUUAAAUUAAAAUAAUCAGUAUAACUGAUGUUUUCAUAAGCAUCUGUUAAAAAUAAGCUAUUCAAGGUCAUUUCUAUAAAAUUUGCUUAAUUGUUUUGUAUUUUCUAUAUAAGUUUUAAAUAAUAACAAAAAUAGAAUACCCUUCAUUUUUUAUUAAAUGUUAGUCUUUUUGUAUACUAAUCUUUCCAUUUAUUUUAGAGAAAAUAUCACACAUUCUUUAUUCAUUUCCUUUUCUUGAAAUUGUAAAUAUUUAAUUUUAAUUUAUGUAUUAUGUACUUAAAUAAGAUUUUGAUAGUAGAAUUAAGUUUUAUCUCAGUGUAUAUAUUUUGAGUCCACUACAAGGCUAAGUACACCUAUAUAUGAAUUUGAUAUUGAUGGUAAAGCUGUAUAACAUAUGUGUAAUUAAUUAAUAAUAAUAAA